UGCCUAGUAGGAGACUCAACACAGAAGGAGGAAGCACCUCAGAGCUGACACUCAGGAGCAGCUGUGCUGGGAGCAUUUCUGGAGCCCAAGCUCUUCUCUCAGAGGGAGGACACAGCAGGCAGCAGCCCCCAUGGUGCCCCCCUCAGCCCCUUCUCACAGAGGGUCUGUCCCCUGGAAGGGGCUACUGCUAGCAGUCUCUCUCAUAACCUUCUGGACCCCACCCACGACCACCCAGCUGACAGUGAAGUCAGUGCCGGCCAACAGGACCGCCCCGCUGACUGUGGAGUCAGCGCCGGCCAAUGCUGCUGAAGGAGAAGAUGUUCUCCUCCUCGUCCACAAUCGGCCUGAGAACACUAUAGGCUUCAGCUGGUUCAAAGGGGAAAGUGUGGAGUCAGCCCAUCAGAUUGCAGGAUAUGAAAUAGCCACACAACAAACGACCACUGGGCCUGCACACAGCGGCCGAGAGACACUAUACACCAAUGGAUCCCUGCUGUUCCAGAAUGUCAGAAAGAAUGACACAGGCUUCUACACGCUACAUGUCAUUAAGAGUGGUCUUCAAAUUGAAACAGUCAUUGGGCAAUUUCAUGUUUUUGAGGAUUUAUCUAAAGUCAACUUCACCAUCACGAGCAACAACUCCAGCCCAGUGGAACACAGUGACACUGUGGUGUUGACAUGUGACUCUAAGAUUCAAGACACAACCUACCUGUGGUUCAUCAACAAUCACAGUCUCCCGGGCAGUGCCAGGCUGGAGCUGUCCAAGGACAACAGGACUCUCACUUUAUUCCAUGUCACAAGGAAUGACACAGGACCCUAUGAGUGUGAAGUUCAGAACCUAGUGAGUGCCCACCGCAGUGACCCACUCACCCUGAAUGUGCUCUAUGGCCCAGAUGCCCCCACAAUUUCCCCCCCAGACUCUUAUUACCUUGAAGGGGCAGCGCUCAACCUCUCCUGCCAGGCAGCCUCUAACCCACCUGCACAGUAUUUUUGGUUCUUCAAUGGGGAGCUCCAGCAAUCCACACAGAUGUUCUUCAUUGCCAGCCUUGCUAUGAAUAAUAGUGGAAACUAUACCUGCCUCGCCAACAAUUCUGACACUGGUCUCAACAAUCACACAGUCAAGACUAUCCAAGCCCUUGAGCCAGUGACAAAACCUUCCAUCCAAACAUACAACAUCACAGUCACAGAAAAUGACGUUGUGAACCUGACCUGCCUCACUAAUGACAUUGGAGUCUCCAUCCUGUGGUUCUUCAACCAGCUGAGUCUGCCGCUCACAGAGAGGAUGAAGCUGUCUCAGGGAAACAGCACCCUCACCAUAAAGCCCAUCAGGAGAGAAGAUACGGGGGAUUAUCACUGCAUGGUCACCAACCCUGUCAGUUUCAACAAAAGUGACACCCUCAAGCUGGUUGUGAAAUAUAAUCCUGAGUUACAUUCUGGCCUCUCAGCUGGAGCUAUUGCUGGCAUCGUGAUUGGAGUCCUGGCUGGAGUGGCUCUGAUCGCAGCCCUGGUGUACUUUCUGUAUCUCAGAAAGACUGGAGGGGCAAGCGACCAUCACCAACUCUCAGAACAAAAACCCUCAGCCUCCAACAACAGUCAGGACCACUCUGACAACCCACCAAACAAGAGUGAUGAAGUUACAUAUUCUAUCCUGAACUUCAAUGGCCUGGAAGCAAAGAAACCAACUUCACCUCCUCCAUUCCCCAUAUCCACAGAAGCAGUUUAUUCAGAAGUGAAAAAAAAGUAAUGCAACCUGUCCAGGCUUUUCAUCCCCUUCAUUAGGAGAUUCCAUUCCCCCCAGGGAAAAAAGGAGGAAAAGUCUCCCACCAUCUCACCCCAGCAACAGCCACUCCCCACUGCUGCACCUUCUGACUGCCUGGUCAUGGCCCUGCCCUUCAGUGUCAACAGAGGAAAAAGCGCAUCCUGGACUCUGCAGGAAACCCAGUCACCCUUGUCAUUGAGCUUUAACAAAGCCAACUUUGGGAGGGAGUUUUCUGAAGCUCCUGUUUCUUACACAAUGCUGACCUAGACUGGUUUUAAAGUUACCUUAUCAGACAGAGGUCGACAUGAGUUUGCCAUGACCUUAUCCACUGAAAAGCUGAGAAGAAUGAGGAAAAGACACACUUAUCCCGAGGCCAGAUGGUGAUGCAACUAGAUAAGUGCCUGUAUUACCAGAAUCAGGACCCAGGUUCAAGCCCCUGGUCCCCACCUGCAGGGGGAAAGCUUCACAGGCAGUGAAGUUGUGCUGCAGGUGUUUCUCUGUCUCCCUCUUGAAUUCUCUUUGUUCUAUCAAAUAUUAAAGUUAAAAAGAAAGAAAACCUUA